AUGGCUCUGCCACCCCCAGACCCGCAGUUUGUUCUCAGAGGUGCCGGGGCUGCAGUCCACACGCUGCAUUUUUCCUGCCGAGGCGAAGGGUCUGAUGUCCCCCUUCUUUUCUCUGGGUCUGAGAAUGGGCUUAUCCAUGUCUGGAACCUGCAAACACACAGAGUGGACACAGCACUGGAUGGCCAUGAAGAACAAUCUGUCUACUGUGUGGAGACAAUGGGUAGUAAAGACAGACUCCUCAGCCAGGGUCGUGACCAGAGAAUCUGCUUGUGGGAUUUAGCAGAGGGACGGACCUCAGUGACGGAUUCUGUCUUCACGGAGAAUGUGGGAUUCUGCAGAUGCUCUCUGUUAGAGGUGGCACAAGGACGCUGGCUAAUGGCCAUGGCAGCCAAAGCCCUGGAGGAGGUUCAGGUUUUGGAGCUGCCAUCCAAGACGUCAGUCUGUACCUUGAAGCCAGAGGUGGGUGCCAAGCUGGGCAUGCCCAUGUGUCUGAAGUUAUGGCAGCUCAACUGUGAUUCACAACCUUUGCUUCUGGCUGGCUAUGAAGAUGGAUCAGUGGUCCUUUGGAAUUUGACAAUGGGAAAAGCAUUGAGCCAACUUGUUUGCCACCAGGAGCCAGUGAUGAGCCUUGACUUUGACUCGGAGAAGGCCAAGGGGAUCUCAGGCUCAUCUGAAAAGGUGCUUAGCAUCUGGAGCCUCAAUGAGCAACAGAACCUACAGGUUUGCAAAACACACAAACUUGUCAACGCUGGCAUAUCCGAUAUCACCAUCCGUCAAGACAAGAAGAUUUUAGCAACAGCAGGGUGGGAUCACCGCAUCAGGAUCUUUGGCUGGAAGAAACUGAAGCCCUUGGCAGUGUUGGACUACCACACAUCAAGUGUCCAUUGUGUGUCCUUCUCAGAUCACAAAAACCCCCAUGAGAGACUGCUGGCAGCUGGCUCAAAAGACCACCGCAUCAGUAUCUGGUCAAUAUAUACUCAGACAUGACAUGUUCUUCACCGUCAUGGACUAGGAAAACAGGAUAGGUGAAGCAAUUCUUUACACUGUAAUUCAAACCUGGAUGUGGGGAAGUAGUAGAAUGUAUUUCCAAGCUGAAGCGAGAGUCUGAGGUUAAUUCUUAUGCUGCCUGUUUGAACUGCAAGUUUUGUUUUCCAUAGAAGUGGAUUUUUAAAAUUUAUAUCAAGCAGAGC